AUGACACAAAAGCAAAGAUACUAUCAUGAGCUAUCACACCAGACGCGUUUGCCUCGCGUACACGUGCAAGCGCAUCUCACCUGCUUCCAACCUCGAACUUCAUACGAUAUAUUCAUCAUCUUUGUUCUUGUCACUGCUGCUUGCAAGGGUCACAUGGAGGAUGUCCCAGAUCCAACAGACUUUCCUCCAGAGGCAGAUGCUCCAGGACUACAAAAGCUCGACAGUGCGUUCAGUUGCCGGAUAUGCGGAGAGAUGUACGAUGCGCCGAUGAUGCUUGGGUGUGGGCAUUCAUUUUGUUCUAUGUGCGUACGACGCUCGUUGAGGGAUAGACAUGAGUGUCCGACGUGUCGGGUCCCAGCGGAGGAGGUGCAACUUGUGAAGAAUGCACAACUUGAGGAUCUAUGCGAUAGCUGGCGAACAGCUAGGACAACGAUAUUACAACUCGUCGAGAAAGUAGACAAGCUGAAAAAGGCGGUGGAAAGCGAAGCAAACGACAGUCGACCGAGGAAAAAGCUCAAGACAGAUGAAUUUGUUACGCCGAGGUCGCGUCGAACACUUGGUCCCUCGACUGAGCGUAGUUCGUUAGAGGUUAUCGACGAUGAUGAUUCCGGACUUGAGGAGAUAGCGAUGCCACACAAUGGCGAGUACGUUCCGAGCUCUGACGUCGAGGAAAACGAGGUUCAGACGCAAUUGGGCCUCAUCGUUAACUGCCCACUAUGCGGCAAAUCCAUCGUCAACAGGAACGCGAAUGAACACAUUGACAGUGGUUGCAAGUCGUUCCUUGCUAGACCGAAGGGUAAACAAGCAGAUACCAAAAGCGCAUGGAAUAAUAUCCUUGGAAAGACCAACGGGUCUUCGAAACCGGCGUCGAGAGGGAAGGGAAAGAAGAAACCUAUCUCGUCUCGUGAGAAUGAAGGUGGGACUAUAGAACGGCUGCCAAAGCCGUCCUAUUCUGUGCUCAAGGAUAAAAAAGUUCGCGAGAUGCUUGCUGAGCAGGAGCUAUCAACCGCUGGGUCAAGAGAACAGUUAAUAGCAAGGCAUACUCAGUUUGUGCUACUUUUUAACGCUAAUCUCGACCGCGCGGAACACCUCCGGAAAUCCACCGCCGAGCUGAGGAGAGAACUCAAGAAAUGGGAAGAUAGUCAAGAAGUGAAGAAAACGUCGAUAGAUGAUGCACAGACAUAUAUUAAAACUAGAAAUGCUGAGUUCAAAAAGCAUAUUGAAGCAGCUAGGGCGAGUUUAAGAAAUAAAAUGCAAGAUUGGGAUGCCCAACAACCUCCGACAGCUAGUUCGUCUUCGGAAGUAAAAUCGACCUCGGAUCGAAUAGAAAGUGACGCAUGGCAGGAGGCCAUAGCAGAGCAAACCAUUAUCUCAGACUCGGAGGGAGAACUCGGGAUAUAACACUUAUACAUAAUUUAUUAAGCUAGCUUGUCGAGCCCUCUUAGUGUAUACUUACACUGCUCUGCCGCAUGUAUCUCCGGGUCACAACAGUACCAGUCUGAAUUCUGCGGUUUACCAUCCAAUGCGAGCUGUCUUCUAUAACUCGAAGAAUUGGGUUCAGAAAACGUGACCCUUAAAGUACUAUUUUUAGUACGUAGAUCAACAGGAAGAACGGCGCCAGCGGGCCUCCUUCAGCGGGCAUAUUACUUGGAACAACGUCGUUGGAGCAUCUCCCGCUCGUCCUUAGCGCCACUAUGCUUGCUUUCCAAUUCUUCCGAAGUUCUUUCAGAUCACAAGGCUCCGAGUUGUUGAUGGUGCGGGGUUCCAUGUAUUUUUAGAAUCCACGUCUGCCGUCGGUGGCAUUGUGGCUCUUUGAGAUACACUUGUCGCUUGUCUUGAUGUGCUGGUCAGCUGGUCAGCUUUCAAGACAAACAUACUUAAAGCCCCGGGGCUGUAGCACGACUUUCAUCGUAGAGUGUUGUCCCUACCUGCUAUCGACUGCAUCACCAUGUUCAAAGCCUCGUUUGCGCUCCUCUCAC